AUGCAAAAGGUUGGGAGGCAUGGUAGUUACGCCACACAGUUCUGGACGCGGCCCACCCGCCCACCACACCGCACUCGCCACGCCGUGUUAACCGCACAUUCACGUAAAGCUCUCCAACGCCGUUUGGUACUGCCAAUAGACGCACACGAUUGGCAACGGGCGCUUGAAGUGUUGAAUGCACGUUAUGCCCGACUCGGCCGCACACCGGAGGAUUAUCAACGAGUCAUUCGCGGCUUGGCAACUGCUGUAUCUCCACAGCAACGCCGUCAUGCCUUAUAUACAUUAGAGGCACUACGGGAUAAGGCAUACGCUGGUGAAAUAGUAACAUCUGGAAGUUUCUGGGUGACGCUGGUGUGGGCCUAUGCACAGUUGCGAUUCCCGAAUGAGGCUUACACAUGUUUACUGCAAGCCGAGCGACGAUGUCAAUUAUCACCACUCACACGGCAACACAUGGCUGAGACACUGUUGCCACUACUGGCAGAGUCUGGGAUGUUGACAGAAGUAAAGUAUAUGGUAGAGAAUUUCUUAAACGCAGGUGGUAGUCGUCAGGAACGAGCACGUGUGAUUAGUUUAGUAGCGGAAGCUGCAGCACGAAGUGGUUCGUGGGCAACUGCUAUUACAUCAUUACAAAAGGAAAUAUCCAUAAUGACAGAAGAAACAGUAACAUCUAUGGAAGGGAAUAUGAACAGUACUGUAAAUACUACACCACGAACACUUUCUUCUCUCUUUGUUAAUAAGGAGGUAGUAAGUGUAUCUGAAAAGGCAUCUCAUUCCCCUCAAGAAGUUUUACAAGUUUCAACAGAAGCAUUGCGAUCUAUGAUGAGUUCCAUGUCAGAUGAUGGACAAUGGAUGAUGGCUUUACAUUGUUUACGAGAGUUACAACAGCGAUCUAGUAGUAAUGUUUCUAAAAUAAACCUCUCUAUUGGGAAGAAUACAGAAACCUAUAAUGAUGAUACGGAUAAUGUGUCCAAUCUGAAGAAAGAUGAAGAAUUACCAAUGCUUUCAGAAGAUGAACUACAACGACUUCUUAACUGUUUGGGAAGUAAGGAACGUUGGGAAGAGGCGAUAAGAGUUUUUAUUUCAUACUAUGGUUUGAAUAAAACACCCUCAGAGAGAAUACCCCGAUCAUUACAUGUAUUGACAUUAAAUUUACUCUUUUCCUCUUUUCCGAGAGAAAGCAGAGUAGUUACUCUUGUAGAAGAUGACCAAGAGGGGGGAGAAGAAGAAGGAAAAGUAACUAAUAAUAAUAAUAAUAAGAGACGAGGAUCUAUACAACUACAAAUGGAAGUUUUACGUCAUCCACAAGAAGCUAUUGCGUUACUUAAUCAAUUGUUUAGCGAACGUGAUGAUGUAGUAGUGACUGAUAGGAUGAUGGCAGCAGUGGGUCCUGCUUUAUUACAGUUAGGCCACUGGGAGCGAGCUCUACAUUUAUUACGACAAACACCUUCUCUUAGUUCAAGGAAAGUGGAAAAGACUUCAACAGAGGCGAAUCGUUGUUUACGUGAGCAAUUAAUGGCACUCCUUUACUAUUUACAUCAUGCUAUUUCUCUUGAAGCUCGUUUUUACACCUUAUAUCACUUUCCCUUUGCCUUCCCAAAGGAACUCUUUCAAGGUCUUCCACCUCCAUCUGAGCUUGCAUCGUAUUUGAAGGAAAUGAAACAACAAGAAAAGAAAGAGGAGAUGGAAGAAAGAGUCAAGAAGAGCAUACAAGAAAAGAGGGAACAGGAAUUAACAGUUUCUUCAAAACUUCCUGAAAGUCUAAAAUACCGUCCUUUCGCUUCUCGGCGUCGUUCUAACAUUGUACAAAAUACAGAAAAACAUGAUGAUGAGCUUAAGCAUCGUUUAACGUCCCUUUACACUAAUCGCAAGAUGGCGUUUCCCGAGAACUGGGAUGCUGAGAGUGAUCCACGACCACCGCCUAAGGGACUACACGAUCAAGCGAGUGGGUGGAAUUUCUACGGCCGCGGUGGUGAGAUGGUAUUCGCAAAUCACAAACGCACAGCACAUCCCUUUACUUUACAUCCUAAAGUGAUGCGUUCGUUGGCAGAUCCAUAUCGUGGCUGGAGUUUAAAGCAAAAUAGUUGUUGGGGUCAUCGUGAGCGGGUGCGGAAGUGGAAUGGACACAGUGCUGUUUAA